ACCAACGGAAUUUGUAAAGAAUAGAAGUGCAACAGAAAAUACAAAACAAGCUUCAUUUGGUUACCAUUAUUUUUUCUUCAUAAUACCACUAGUUUUCUACUGUAGAUCUCUGGAUAACGAAUUUCGAAAAAUUCUUCCAAUCAAUUUCACAUUUCUCACACAAAAUUCAACCAAUCGAUCAAUUUAGGGUUUAAGAACUGGAAUCUAAUCAAACUAGAGGAGAGAGAAAAUCGAAGAAAUCCUUAGUUGCGGCAGCAACAAUGGCGAAAGGCGGCAGGAAUUCCAGGAAACGCGCUUCGACAUCAACUCUAGUGUUAUCAUUGUUAAUAAUGCUUAGUGUGGUGCUUCUUUUGCUUCUUGCUUUAGGCAUUCUCUCUCUUCCUACUCCUUCUGAUCGGUCUGUUCACGAUCUCAGUAGCUUCGGUCGGAAGGCUCUAGAAAGAGGUAAGGGGGUUGGAAAGCGUGACGAGCAAUGGGUGGAGAUUCUUUCUUGGGAGCCUCGAGCUUUCCUUUACCAUCAUUUUUUGUCUAAGGAGGAAUGUGACUAUCUUAUUGACCUUGCAAAACCUCGUAUGGUGAAGUCAACUGUUGUUGAUAGUAAAACUGGCCAGAGUAAGGACAGCAGGGUGCGCACUAGUUCUGGAAUGUUUCUGAGAAGAGGCCAAGACAAAAUUAUAAGGGACAUUGAGAAAAGACUCGCAGAUUUUACCUUCAUUCCUGUAGAGCAUGGUGAGGGAUUGCAGAUUCUUCACUAUGAAGAAGGUCAGAAGUACGAACCUCACUACGAUUACUUCCUUGAUGAAUUCAAUAAAAAGAAUGGCGGCCAAAGGAUUGCUACUGUUCUGAUGUACUUAUCAGAUGUCGAAGAGGGUGGUGAGACUAUCUUCCCAGCUGCUCGGGGGAAUUUUAGUUCUCUACCAGGGUGGAAUGAGCGGUCUGAAUGUGGUAAAAGGGGCCUCUCUGUGAAACCGAGGAUGGGUGAUGCCUUGCUUUUCUGGAGCAUGAGGCCUGAUGCGACAUUAGAUUCUUCCAGUCUACAUGGUGGCUGUCCAGUUGUUAAAGGAAACAAGUGGUCAUCUACAAAAUGGAUGCAUGUUGAGGAAUACAAGAUAUAGGCCUGCCAUUGAGUGCUAUUCAUAGAAUGUGAUCCUUUGGCAGGCUAAUGGAUCGUUAUAUCUUUGCCAAGGUGUCUGUCCAAGACCAUUUUAAAGCUCAGUCCUCAAGCCUUUACUGCAAACUGCAUGCCUCCAUUACUGACUAACACAUUAGCUAUUGUAGGUGUUGAAUAUACGAGUGUUAAACAAAGUUAAAGGUAGUACCUUCUGUGCGGCAUAAAGGGGUAUAUACUAAUUCAGUUCUCUUGGUUUAAUGCACAUUCUAAAAGCGCAGUUGCUCCAAUAUGAACUGUGAGUUGUAUACUUGUAUUGCGUUUCAUGAUGUGGGUUUUAGGCAGCGAAGAAUUUUCCAAUAGUCAUUUUUCUUC